UGCUGCAUGGUGCCGGCGGAGCGCACUGCCGCUCCGCCACCCGCUCCGCUUCUCGCUCUGCCGUCCGUGUCCGCUCCGCACCCCGCACCGGGACGCCAUGUCGGGCAGCGGAGGCAACGGCAGCAACAGCGCGGUGAAGAAGAGGAGCCCGGCGGGCUCGGCCUCGUCGCUGGCGCAGCAGGAGGAGAAGCAAGUGAUGGAGAAGAUGCUGGAGGCGGCGGACGGAGGGGCGCAGGAGAACGGCUGCGCCCGCUCGCCCUCGCCGUGCGCUUCGGCGGAGGGCGAAGGGGUGACCCUGCAGCGCUCCAUCACGCUGCUCAACGGCGUGGCCAUCAUCGUAGGCACCAUCAUCGGCUCCGGCAUCUUCGUCACCCCCACCGGCGUGCUGCGGGAGGCCGGCUCGCCGGGGCUGUCGCUGGUGGUGUGGGCCGUCUGCGGGGCCUUCUCCAUCGUGGGUGCCCUCUGCUAUGCUGAGCUAGGCACUACCAUCACCAAGUCCGGCGGGGACUAUGCCUACAUGCUGGAGGUGUACGGCUCCCUGCCCGCUUUCCUCAAGCUCUGGAUAGAGCUGCUCAUCAUCCGGCCCUCCUCGCAGUACAUCGUGGCUCUGGUCUUCGCCACCUACCUGCUCAAGCCUGUCUUCCCCACCUGCCCUGUGCCCGACGAGGCUGCCAAGUUGGUGGCAUGUCUCUGUGUCUUGCUCCUCACAGCAGUGAACUGUUACAGCGUGAAAGCUGCCACUCGUGUUCAGGAUGCCUUUGCUGCGGCAAAGCUGCUGGCGCUGGCUCUCAUCAUCAUUCUUGGCUUCGUGCAGCUUGCAAAGGGUGAUGUGACAAACCUGACUCCUGAACACUCCUUUGAAGGCACAAAAGUAGAUGUGGGGAACAUCGUGCUAGCUUUGUACAGUGGUCUCUUUGCCUAUGGAGGAUGGAAUUACUUGAAUUUUGUUACAGAAGAGAUGAUAAAUCCAUACAGAAACCUGCCUCUGGCUAUCAUCAUCUCACUACCUGUGGUCACUUUGGUUUAUGUGCUGACAAACUUGGCUUACUUCACCACCCUGUCAACAGAGCAGAUGCUGACAUCCGAAGCUGUGGCUGUGGAUUUUGGGAACUACCACCUUGGCGUCAUGUCCUGGAUCAUACCCGUCUUUGUUGGCUUAUCCUGCUUUGGAUCUGUUAAUGGAUCUCUCUUCACUUCUUCCCGGCUGUUCUUUGUGGGAUCCCGAGAAGGACAUUUGCCUUCAAUCCUGUCUAUGAUUCACCCCAGGCUCCUCACUCCUGUGCCAUCCCUUGUCUUUACGUGCAUCAUGACCCUGCUCUACGCCUUUUCCAACAACAUUUUCUCAGUCAUCAACUUCUUCAGCUUCUUCAACUGGCUCUGCGUGGCUCUGGCCAUCAUCGGCAUGAUGUGGCUGCGUUACAAGAAACCAGAGCUAGAAAGGCCCAUCAAGGUGAAUAUCUGCCUGCCCAUUUUCUUCAUCCUGGCCUGCUUGUUUCUCAUUGCUGUUUCCUUCUGGAUGACACCGAAGGAAUGUGCCAUUGGCUUUGCGAUCAUCUUCAGUGGGAUCCCUGUUUACUUCUUCGGGGUCUGGUGGCAAAACAAGCCCGAAUGGGUUGUCCAACUCAUCUUCUCCGCUACAGUCCUGUGCCAGAAACUGAUGGAAGUGGUUCCACAAGAAUCCUAAGCAGGAAAAGCAGAGACAUUCAGCUUGAGGAAACGCACAAUAUUACUCUUAAGAUGACACAAGGAGAAAACGCUUCUGAUCCCUCGAAACGAAUCCCAGGCACUGGAGCACCCCAUCGGAGCUGCUUCGUGUCUGACACCGUGCCACCAGCUCUGCCUUGUCUCCACCAGUCCCUCUGUCACCACCCUUUAGCCUGGCAGAUGGGCAACCCUGUGAUGAGAAGUUCUUGAUGCGAAUGUGAGCCAGGAGGAGGAAUUCCAGCCGGGAGCUUCCAAAGGGGUCCUGCCUGUCCAGCAGCAGGAAGUCUGAUAGCAUCCAUGUGUGUGUGUGUGUGUGAUACUGAGGGCUGUGUUCCAGUCCUGUGUAGGCUGACUUGGCUUGGGUUUGGGUCUGGGAUCCCCCAGAUGACAGCAGAUCUGCUCCCAAGCCCAGUUUGAGUGUUGCCAGCCCUACAAAUGUGCCUGUACCUGGGUCUGGGGCUGCCAUAGAGACACAGGAUGGUCCUGAGCCCAGUCCUCCAGCCUUCCCUGGACAACAGGGGGUGGCUGGGAAGCAAAGGUUGGCUGAUGUUGGCUCACACACACACACAAAGUCAUACCAAAACACAUGCUGCUGGAUGCUUUGGAUUCUGUCCACUGGCAGUGACUUGAGACAAGGCAGAGCAGAAUUAGUGUCAGAGAAACAAUGUGGGGAGGUCUUGUCUGAUUUUCAUUGCAUUCCUGACUAGAGCACUCGGGGAUCCCCUGCCACUGUCUGGCUUUGAACUCUCAGAUCCAAGCCAUCUCCCUGCUGUUGAGUCGGCCCUCUGGGAUGCUCUUCACCACAAUGCCCAUCCUGUGUCCCCAUGAAUUAGCAGUGGGGCAGGUACAGGCCUGAGGGUGGACUUCCUCCUGAUAAACCCAGGGAAUAGCACUUAGCAGAAGGCCCAGUCCUUGGUUUGCUCACUCCAUGUUUCUCUGUAGACAGGCUAUCAUCCAGCAUGGGAUGAGCAGCAUCGUGGUAUCCAAAUUACCCUGUUCAUUGCCCUCAGUGUGAUUCAUGUUUGCCCAUAAACCAUUUGCAAAGAGAAAAUUAAGUGUGGGAUUCUAUUAGCUUGUUCCCUUGGGGCUGGCUUGUGCAUUGCCUGUUGCUGUGCCCUGUGUCUGUAUCUUCUACAACAUGCAGUGGAGAUGGGACCAGCUGGGACUGGGGGUGUAGAAAAGGGCAGAUGUCCCCCGAUGCUGGAGCCUGGGUUUAAUCUUGGUCUGCUGUAGAUGGUCUGUUUUGCUCUAAGAAGCAGGGACUGGGGCCCUGGUCCUCCUCUGUGCAAAACAGCAUCAUCAGGUUUGGCUUGGUGAGAUGCCCCCACCAACAUCCUUAUGCUUAGGGAGCAGUCUCUGAGCACAAACCAUGUUCUGCAUGUGAAGUCUUGUUUUGCUGUUGUGGUGGUGCAGUCCCAUCCCCUGAGCGCACCCAAAAUUCCUCUACUUCUGAGUAGUCAAAACUGUCCUCUAAGGAGCAUGUUGCUUUAUGUGGUCAAAAGCAUCACCUCAAAGCUGCAGUUGUGAGCAGUUUGCUCAUGAUGCCUCUGCACUUGAGGUGAUAGUCACUUGGAAAUCAAACGCAUCUUUUCCCCACAAGUGAGCUGCUUCAGUCUCUAUUACAGAUCUUUGUGCUUGUGCUUUGUGCGAAUGGGUUGUUAAACUACCUUUUUUCCUCAGUAUUCCUGUAAACUAAGCUGUUUGGAAACCCGGAUCCUCCAGGAGCUAAUGCAUUCUAUGGAUUCUCCUUGUAGUAGACAGUUAUUUUGGAUGACAAGGCAUUAAGAACACCAAUGGUACUAGCUCAUGCUUUGUUCUUUUAAGUUCUUUAGCAAAAAAAAAGGGGUUGUGUGUUAUAGCAGGUUGCAGCUUCUGUUCAAGUGUGUGACAGUGACUGUGGCUAUGUCAGCAAGUGUCUGCAUGCUGCUCUUUGCUAUUGCUUCACCAACCAUUCGUCUUUGCUUUGAGGCAGUGCAGGAGGAAUAGGUGAGACAAUCAUGACAAUGAGAACCUUUGCUGUCAGGUUGCUUAUUCCAUGGCAGCACAAUGUAGAGAUACCUAAGCCAGUCCUGUGCCUCUCUGCAUGUGUUAGCAUCAAGCUCUCCUGGAGCUCAGUUAACCUCUGAGGAGUUGCAGCUGGUUUGGGUAUAUCUACAGCACAGAAGAACCCAAAGUUCAUGGCCAGUGCCUGGCUGUCCAGGGGACCUAAGUGCAAUGAAUUGGAGCAUCUCAGAUCCAGUGCCUGUGGAGAGGAGUCUGCAUAAAUAAGGUCAUGAACCAUAAAACCUGACCUCAGUUUUUGGGAUCCUCUUGCAGCUGAAGGCUGAGAGGUUUUGGCAGGGGAGUGAUGGGAGAUCACUGCUUAUGGUGGACCUGUUUCAUGGAGGGAGAACCUCAGUUUAUCACCUUCCACUUGGUCUGCAGGCUGUUUUAGCUGUACUGGUCUGGGGGCCAGUGCCCAGCAGGGCCUGGGUUCAGCACAGGGGCUCUUAGUGCUAACAGAUGCCAGCAGAACCACUUGCAGUGCAAAGGAAAGAGAUCAUAACUCUCAGCCACCUCAAUCCAAUGUAAAUUAGCACUCGAGUCCAGUCCAUGGAGAGCUCAGAAAUGGGUCCAAAUCUUUCUAAAACAUGGGGAUCGCUUGGUUUGGACACAUCUUUAAAUGAGGUUUCAGUGAAGACCAUCACUAUAUGAUUCCCUCUUGGUGAACCGUUUACACUGGUUUCAAAGAGGAGAUGUCACACUGAGAAAUAUUUUUUUAUUAAUUAACUGAUCUUAAUCAAAUCUUUCACUCGCUUGCUUGCUCUUUAUGAAUUUUCAUGGUUUUUCACUUGCUGCUAAGGAUCUUUCUCUUGUACUAACCUGCUGGCUCUGGCAUUGAUGCUGCAUGUUUCAUGAUCUCACCAGCAUCUCCUGGCAAUAGAGGUUCAGGAAGAAACUGAGCCAGGUACCAGCACAGAAUGACAAAAACGUUUAAUUUGGUCAGUCACAGUUCACAUUGCAAAGUUUACCUUGCAAAAACCUGAUUUAUCCCUGAUUCAUUGCCCCUGAUAGUCUCCCCCCCCAACCAUGGUGAUAUGGCUGUAAGAGACUGGCUUAUUUUUUUUCCUGGGGAUUAAGGAGAUAAUGAGGAAAGGGGUAAAACUUCACUCCAUUUUAUAAAGAAAACACAAGAAAGUAAUUUUUCCAAUGGUGAAACUAACAGGAUCUACUUGCGUGACAGCUUGUAACUUAAAUCAGCACCAGGAGUGUCUGCUUCCAUCAGGCUUGCCAUGCUCAAAUCUAUGUUGAGAGGAUGCAUCCCAUCAAAGAGCUCCUUGCUGCUUGGUUUCCUCAAAUGUGGGAUGAGGUGCAAGGAAAAACAGAGACUUCACAGGGAAUUUCUCACCAUUCCCAGUGCCGGAUGUGGGAUUUUUCUGUUGUUUCUGUGUUUUGAGGCCAUGGUCAGUCACACGUGGAGAUCUGUAUCACCAACCAGCGGAGAUACACCUUUCCUAUAAAGAACACACACAGACACAGUGACCAUGAAUUGACUUUCCUAAACAGUAGCUACAGUUAAACAAAGUACCAUGUGAGUCUAUUUCAUGUGACAGUAUUGUGCAGAUGCAGCCAGAGCAUCUGUAUCAGUGGAAUCAUGGAGGUUGGAAAAGACCUUCAGGAUCAUUGAAUCCAACCCUGGAGCCAUGGCUGGGUAUUUCUGCAAGUGAUGGCUGUGCCGCAAGUAGCCCCUUGGUCCUUGUACUAACCCUCCCUUUUCAGUUACUGCUCUUACCUUGUUCUGAAGUAUUUAGAGCCUCAGGCAGUCAGGGAUGUUCAUGGAAUAGCAUCCCAUAGGGACUGCUAAACAGGCAGGAGCCAGCCGCCAGGCAUUUGCUUAUCCAUUGGGUUCCUCUUUAUAAAUGAGAAACCUUCUUUCCUAUAGUCAGGGGAACCAGCCCUGCAGACUGCUUCUGGUCAAAAAUGAGGGGAUAUAUGUCAUUCUGGGUGGAUUUUUUUGUUAAUGUUUUAAACUUCCUGUAGUAUUUGCAGUGUUUUCCGUCUCUUGUUUUUAAUAGCAUCCUCCAUGGAUACUAAGUUCAAAGGGGCUCUGUCACUGUUGAACAAGCUUUAAAGACCCUUCAACUGAUGGAAACUCUUACAAAGUGGGUUUUUCUGUUCUUCAAGCCCUCUCCUGGCAUCUCUCUGUGGGACUGACAGACAGCAGAGCCCUUGAGGGGCAGCAGUGUCACAGCAGAGCUCUUCCCUAUGGAUGUGAGUUCCCAACCAUGGGAAGAUGUUUGCAAUGGCAGAGUCCUGCCACAGUGGUCUCACUGUGGAGAACCACAGGGAAGGCUUUCACUCAGCCUGGGAAGAUGCCCAUCCCUUCAGUGUUCUUGGGCUUUAACAAAAAAUAGAAGUAAAGUAAUAAGGAAACAGCCAGAUGUUGUUGUUUGUUGCACAACACUGGCUGUUUGGGGCUGUUCUUGUGGGAUGCCAGCUUUUCCAUCAACCGGUUGCGCAACUCCCUUUAUAAUGAUAUCAAAGGGGAGGGCAGCCUUGGCCAUUGAGAAAGGGCUGGAACAAAGCUUCCUACUGGAGCCUGAGAAAGGGCAGCCAGAAUGAGACGGCUCCAGUUCCCCCUGGGGCUCUUGUCGAGGUCUGCUGGCUGCAGAAGGGGCCAGCGUGGCUGGAGCUGGCGCCACUUGGCUCCUGACCAGGGAGUGCAGCAGCCUUUGAUGCAUUCCAUUGCCUCCCUGUGGUGAUGGGAAUCUGCUUCCAUGCCUCCGCUGGGAACCAUGGCAUUGAGGGAUGCUGAUGCACCUCCAUUUCUGGUCACUCCUCGAGGAGUUACAUUGGUUUUGCCCAUAUGUAAGAUGUUUCUUCCCAGUUUACACAGUUUGAACUGGAACUAGUAGCUGGGGUGGGAGGAUGUGCAUGGGAUGUUGCUGGGGUUGGUGGAAUCAAGAGCUCUCAGUUUGGGGCAUAUGCUCUCACCCACAAUAUGUAGUGGUAGGAAAUGUGACUUGGGUUAGGUGGCCCCUAAGGAACCAGUGUUCAGAGGAUUGUUUCUUUGCUUUUAGCCCCCUGUUCUUGUGUGACAAGGGGUAUUGCUUCCUCCAGCUGUUGAAGUGUUAAUGAGAAAAAAACAAGUAUUUUUUUAACUAUUGAAUUAAUUUUUAAAUGGCCUAAAAGAGACUUUAUAUCUACACCUAAAUUGUUCCCACUGGGUGAUGUUCAUCUUGGCGCAGGGGCUCUGCAAGCACUCGGAUGCUCUCCUGCAUCCUAGCCAGUGGUGCUGUGGGGUCUGGCUGCAUCCCCAGCACUGGGAUGAACAUCACUUGUAGGGAACAACUCCUUAGUUCAGAGGACAGGGUGAGGUCUGUGUCCCACCUAAGUCCUUGCAGAGGGAGAAUAUGAAGUGGUACCCAGACCUUGUGCUGGCCUGCAGAACAAAAGGAGGGUGAGAUUCACUGCCAGUGAAUAAUUUGACUUUUCAGAGAUAUCUUUCUUCUAAAGUUUGUAUUUUUGUUGGGUUUUGUUUGGUUUUUUUAACACAAAAAAAAAUCUUAGCGUAUAGAAGAAAAUCUAGAUCUGAUUUACAAUUUUGUUAUAUUUGGUUGCUUUAAAAAUAUUGUACUAAUUUAAAUGUUGCUAUAGAUAACAUUCUAUUUAUUUUAAGGGGUAAAUAUCUUUUAGUCUUAAUACUUCUACAGUAAGCGCUGUCUAUUUACACUGUUUGUGUUCCUGUCAACACAGCUAUUCCACAACUGACCGAGUGCUGCUCAGCCAGUAGUAACUUAAUCAAAUUGCCUUGUAAAACAGGAUGUCUCCUGCAAUGUAUUUUUUCGAGUAUUUCUUGAUUCUUUUAUGUCUGUGGUUAACAAAUCUGUUAAAUGUUUGGGUUGUUCUAUGUUUUGGGUUCUUGUUUUGUUCUGGUUUUGGUUUUUUUUAACAAAGAAAGCUGAAUUACAACUCUCUUGUUGCUGG